CUUGGCUCCAGUCAGUCAGAUUUUGAUUGUUCUUGGACAAUAAUCAAUGCUCUAAUUGAGUUGCAACACACUGAAAUUAGGGCUUCAUUUGAGCAAAGUCUAAAUGUGGUUGAACACAAUUUCAGACCUACAUUGUUUAAAGACUUGCGCGGAUUAGUAUCACGAAAAGCAUUGAACUUAAAUUUGAUCGAGUUUGAAAGAGCAACUACGGUUGGUGUCGACGCCAGUUUAUGUGGGUGUGUCAUGAGAAGCACACAUGGCUUGCCUUGUGCACAUAAAAUUGCGGAACAUGUCAGUUGUGCUCAACCCAUUCCAAUAUUAGAUAUUAAUCCUCAUUGGAUGAAAUUAAACUUGCAAAAACAUCAAGAAGGUGAAGCCUCAUUUGAAAUGAGUAUUGAUACUGAGAUGAGUUGCAUAUGGACACGAUUUCAUAUGUCUGAUCAAGCUGGAAAGCUGACAUUGAAGAGGAAGCUAAGAGAAUUAGGUGAUCCAGCAACGACAUUUCUAAUACCACCACCUCAAAAAGUUAAGACAAAAGGUCGUCCUUUUGAAGGCAACUUCAUCAACUCGGCGUGACCCUUCAUAUUUUGAAGUUGUUGACUCGAAGUUGCUAAGCGUGACUGUGAAUUAAAUCAAAAAAGUGUUCCAGUUCGAAAACUAAAGAAGAAAAUAGCCAGGAAAAAAUCCAAAAGUUUUCUAAAGUAUUUGGACUUUUUCCAUCAUACUUACACCCAUAUAUCUUUGACAUAAUUGAUGUCAAGCCGGAUGGACAUUGCGGUUUUCGUGCUAUUUCUUCUCUACUAGGUUUUGGAGAAGACAAGUGGGCCACAGUUCGUGAAGAGUUGAUUGAAGAGUUGUGCAAUUAUCGAUGUUAUUAUGUUAAGUUGUAUGAGUCCGCUGAAAAUGUUGUUGAAUUACUUGAAGAAUUGUCUUAUUUCAAAGCUCCAGCACCGUAUAAGAAUUGGAUGACUCUACCCGCCAUGGGUCAUUUGAUUGCUUCUGAAUAUAAUGUGGUCUUGAUCUACCUUUCUAAGCCGGUGUGUGUGACAUUUCUUCCUCUUCUAUCUAAUCCACCCAUAGACCAACACCAUAAGGUAUUAGUGUUGGGAUUUGUAAAUGGCAAUCACUUUGUUCAGGUUUCCAUGGAUCCUUAUGCGCCAAUUGGAAACAUUUUAGAUUUGACACCGCAAUGGGGUGGGAGACCCCAUACUUAGAUCGUAUUAAGGAAUUUAAUGCCAUACUUUCAGCCCAUGUGGGUGAUUGAACUAAGGAAGUUAUUAACAUUGAAGAAAAUAUAUAGGAGUUGUCAGAUUCAGCACAGUUUUGAUCAAUGUUGAAGUAGUGGGAGAAGAAAGGCCUCACUCACAUUCAUUGCAGCAGUUGGAGUUUUUUAUUACUUUGUAGUCAUUAGCUUUUAAGCAAUUUUUUAAAUAAG